GAAGCUUUCGGUAAAAACAAGAGGAAAAACGCAAACCCUCCCGGAGUGGGCGCACAAGUUUUCGCGGUUCGCGGUCGCCGUUUUGCAUUUUUUGUGUUUGGUGUGGCGAAAGCCAACAGUAUACGGGAGUGCCAAAAAGAAAGGAAGGGGAAAAAACGUGGAAAUUGUGUAGUUCUGUGUAAUAGCUGCAUUUUCUUCCGUGCCGUCUUCUGACGAAUGGCGACGACGGUCUCGUAGGCAGGGCUGUUGUGCAGCAGCGCGCAGUAGGCGGCGAAGAAAUACGACGAGUCUGUGGGUGAAAAGAUGUGGGAAGCUACGACGACGGUGCUGCAGCAGCAGUUCUUUCUUAUCAGCCACAUUUGGGAGUGAUUAUUGUGUAAUGAGGCAGUGUAUUUCGGUGGCGUUUGCAAAGUGUUGUUGAGUUGAAAAUUUAGUGGCCGCGCGGGGGUGCUUUUGGGGGCAAGAUUCGUUCGGUGCGGUUUUUGGUGCGUUGUGGCACGCGAGUGAUUAAGUGGUUUCUUAAACAUCUGAGCAGCAGCGGGUCCUUUCUGCCUCCUGUGCAUGCUGCGAUGGUGCGCGGUUGACAAUGUCAUGUGAAUGCAUUUGCCACGGGAGUUUUGCACAGUACACAGCAGCGCAAUCCAGUGCAGUAGCGUUCCGCCAUCGUGUUCUCUCUGGUGGGGAAAUUAACUUCCAUUUCCAUGCGCUUUCUACCAGCGGAAAUUGAAUCUCUUUUCUAACAAGGGUUGAAGAAUAGACGAUCGCAGUCAAGCAACAGCACCAAGAUAGCGGCCAGUCAGCGUUGCCCAGUCCGCCCUUUCGGUGUUUGGUGGCUAAACACGGCCAACCUAAACAGGGAAGUUUCGUCGUGCAUAUCCAUCGAUUGUGGAGUGAAUAAAACAUGAAUCUCGUCAGUUGCAUCGGUGCGUCCAUUGGUACGGCUGGCAGAACCGAACAGUCCUCGCCCAAUCAUUACUUUCUGAACUGAUGGAGGUUGUGUGAAACGACAGCUACAAACCCCACAAGGUAUUGUUAGAAGUGAGCAUACUACAAGCGGCCAAAAAGACAAAAUAAACCCCGCGUAAGCAAUAGUGUUGGAGGAAGGAUAAUUUACCAGUGUUCCGGAUAAGCCUGUGUGCGGCAAUUGUGCUCUCUCUCUCUCUCUGUCUGGUUGAUUGUUCUAACAUCAACCAUGGGUAAAAUAAACGCUAGCCACAGUAGCUACUGUUACGACAGUAUGCUAAAGCGGUCCGACGAUAAGUAUCUGCGGAGCUGCAGCAGAAUCGAACCGAUUGACCAUCCAAACGAGGAUGAUUACGAUGACGACGAUGAUGAUGAUGAUGAUGGUGAGAAUGAGCACGAGCAGCAGAGUGAAAACCAAAGGACACGACCGGCGGUAUGGCGGCAGGAAAAGCUGGACGAAGAUCUCGGUCACCGAGCGUCCGGUGCGUCGGAUGAUGAGCGGGAAACGAGAACCAUCCGGUACGAUCUGCCGGAAAUAAUGGAACGGAUCGAUGAGAACCGGCUAAUGUAUCGGGCGGAAGGUAACGCUAACAUUGUGCUCUCUCUGUCGGACAACAAGCACGUGCUGCGGAUGCGCAAGUCCACCGUGGAAUGUCGGGAGGGUAAAGCUGACUCCAAUGUAGAUCUGCGCCGCUUUGUCAAGUACUCGCAGGUCAUUGCGAGCCAGUUCUCCCCAUGCUACGUACCAGCACCGAAGCUGGCCCAUCUGAAUACGUACAAUCUGCAGGCGUUCAACGAACGGUUGCGAUGCUUUCGGCCCGCGAUGAGGCUCAGUAAGGAAAUACGGGAGCUAGACGGUAUCCUGUAUCCGGACGUAGCCUUCCUGCCCAAGUGGCUGUAUCCUGCACGUGUACGGGACCUCAGUCAGGACUCGAAAAUCUCUUCCACACCAACCACCACCCACUACCAGACGUACUGCGUCGAAAUCAAACCGAAGCAGGGCUGGCUGGCGUACGAAUUCUGUGAUAACAUACCCCUUCCCCCGGAGCCGCUGUCCAACGGUGGUGGGGACCUUCGGAAGUGCCGUUACUGUUUGCAUCAAUAUUUAAAGCUCCAAAAGAAAUCGAUAGCAAAGAUUAGUAAAUACUGUCCUCUGGAUCUCUACUCCGGUAAACCCGUUCGUGUUCUGCAAGCCGUAAAGGGCCUUAUCGGUGCGCCGCAGAACAACUUUAAAAUACUGAAAAAUGGCAAGGUCGUGUACGACGACAAGCGGGAAAAGUCAAUGUUCAAUCGGAUACUGCGUGAAAUGUUCCCGCGCGACGGUCGCACAAAGGAUGAGAGAAGCACAAUUUUCAUGAAUCUGAUAAAAGAGAUUUUGCUGAAAGAUUUUACCACAAACGACGAGCAUUGCGAUCGGAAGCUGUUGAGCAUCAAGAAGGAUCGGAAGAAGAAGGAUAAAAACCAGCUUCACGAACGCGCCUGCAACCCCGUCAAUCAACAGUUUCUUCCCCAAAGUUGCGCCCUUCGACAGAUCCUAGACGUGCAGUUGUUAGUGAAGUCAAGCAUUUCUACGAUCGAUCCAUCGAAGCUUAACAAAUCGCGAUCCGAUCCGUACAGCUAUAUAGACGAAAUGUACGAAAAGUAUCUCACCUACCAGGAGGACGCACUGUACGAUGGGCGCGGCAGCAGUCGCACCACCUGGCCGAACGGUUCCUUCUGUGCCGAGUACCUGUCCGAGGAGGAACAGUAUCAGCUCGGUGCGACGGCCCUGGACUGCUCGAUAAUGAUCACGUUCCGGCGGCUGUCCGGUGCCGAGGAGAGCAGCCUAACUGACGCAGCACGGAAUCACAUCGUCUCGAUCGAGGGUAUGAAGUUUAUCGUCAACGUUACGAUCACCGAUCUCGAUCCUAAAUCGCACAAACACUACGCCAAGUAUGUGGAACAGCUAGCAUCGUCUGCGGUAGCGUACCGAGACUUCAUCAGCAAAUUGCGGCGUUAGAGAAGCAAUCUAAUCGUCUAUUUAUAUAUGUGUGUGUAAUGUAUUGUGUCUCUUAUCCUAAUGAAGUCCCUCCAGAA